AUUACCAAAAAGAUUUUUCGAAUCAGCUUUAUCAUUCCCUGUCUACUAUGUAUUGCUAUUUCAUUCGCCCAAGGUAAGAACUAUUACACCUAACGCCGAGAAUUUAACCGACCUUGAAAGAACUAUUACACCUAACGCCAAGAAUUUAACCAACUUGUUUAAUAUCGAUGACUUAAGUAAUAUAUUUCAGACAGCAUUAUUGAACUAAUUAAAAAUGCAAUACAAAGUGACCAAUUGAUCAUUUUCGUAUUGUUGGUUUUCUCUUUUUCGGCCGUAUACAGUAUAUACCUGGUCCAGUGGGUUCGUCUCACUUUUCUCUUUGUUUUGUUAGUAGUUUGAGCCCAAAAUAUUAUAUUUUACUUUUCUCCUCAUUUUGAUAGUAUUUUGAGCCCAAAAUAUUUUAUUUUGAAGGCUUUAAAUCGCAGUUUUGGUCCUAACGUACGGACCAACUGGCGGCCGACAGGAGAAUGUAGCGUGCUAAAUAUAACUUUACUUGUGGAGUUGUGCAUGAGGCGGAAACGCCGAAAGUUUUAUUUGUAGGCGGGCACCGCAUUUUAGUACUGUGUCUGGUUACUUCUAGUGUCUGAGUUCACCUGAAACUAAUAACAGCAGAGUAGUUAACGAGUUCUAUGUUGCAAGUCCAAGUCAAGUCACAAGUCAUUUCCUGCAAGUCCAAGUCAAGUCAUUUGAUCUGAGUUCAAGUCAAGUCAAGUCACAAGUCAUUUUGUCUAAAUCCAAGUCAAGUCACAAGUCAUUCCGAGUGGCAAGUCAAUUCAAGUCAAGUCACAAGUCAUUUUAUCGCCACAUGUGGCCAUGUUUUCCCACGCAAAACGGCAAAAUAUGUAAAUAUGGCGUCGUUAUUUUAUAUCAGAAAUUUUACCACGAAAUCGCGAAAAAACCCCGCUUUGUCAGAAAAUACGCCGGCACAAAUGCUGUCGAUGCCAUUGAUAUGUACUAAGGUCGCUGCCCAAAUUGUACAACACGACGAUCGAUCGAUCAACACAAAGAUUUUGGAAAACUUGAUUUUCACUUGAUAUUUACGUUUGACUUGUGUUGGUAACAAGUCAUUUCUUGCAAGUCAAGUCACAAGUCAUUUUGUCCAAGUCAAGUCACAAGUCAUCAGUCUCUUUAACAAGUCAAGUCACAAGUCACAAAAAUUUCGACUCGAGUCCAAGUCGCACGACUCGAGUCUACAACUCUGAAUAACAGUCAAGGAAAUGUUAACCAACCGUGGACUCUCCAGUGUCUGAUAUAAAUAAUCAUUCAAAUGAAUCUAUUGAAGCAGUACAGCGCUCAAUUUCUACUACCAUGCAAAGUCCAAAGAAUGAGCAGCUACUAAUGCGAGUUUGUUUGUUACUAUUUGGGUUGCUGUCAUUGGUUCUUUUUUUGACAAUUGACCACUUGCGUAAUAGACAAAAUUUUGAUCUAAACAAGUUUAGACAAAUAUUCCAUCACAGCUUGAAAGAGCAUCGCAAAAUUAGUAAUAUUCCAAAGUUUUCGUUGCGAAAUGUUGUAAAAUGCGGAUAAUAUAGCCUUUCGAAGUUUGCCGUUUUUCAGUCAUUUUGUAUUACAAACGGGAAAUUGACAGCCCCAAAGCGUAUUGGGCUGCCAAUUUCCCCCGCGUAAUGCAAAAUGACUGAAAAACGGCAAACUUCGCAAGUCUAUAUUAUCCACAUUUUACAACAUUUCGCAACGAAACUUUGGAAUAUUACUAAGUUUGCGAUGCUCUUUCAAGCUGUGAUGGAAUAUUUGUCUAAACUUGUUUAGAUCAAAAUUUUGUCUAUUACGCAAGUGGUCAAUUGACGCGCGAAUGGGGCAUGUUAUGAAAAGAGGCGUUUUGCAAAACACCCGGUCUCCUUGUAGGCCCACUAUUCUUACCUGGGCCUGCACGCGGGCUAAAUGGGCUCGAGUUUCUGUAGGGCUACCGCAGGGAACUAAAUUGGGCCCUUGGCUUUUCCUGUUCAUGAUAAAUGAUGAUACGACUAUCUCAGAAGUCGUGCCCUUGAACUCUUCAAGUCAAGCACGAAGGAGCGUUGAUACCGUUGUGAAUUGGUCUCUCCAAAAUAGACUCCAACUUAACGGAGACAAAUGCAAAGAAAUGGUAAUCGAUUUUAAACGCCAGAAGCAUCACUUCAGACGAUUAACGAUAGAAGGAAAACCAAUUGAGGUAGUACACCACGCGAAGAUCUUGGGGCUUACCGUUUCAGACAAAUUGUUAUGGAACAAUCAUGUCAACAACGCAAUAAAAAAAAGCCAACAAACGCCUAUUCUUCCUUGUCCAACUUAAACGAGCAAAAGUUCACGUAACAGAUAUUAUUAACUUCUAUUGUGCCUGCAUUCGACCUACAUAUUAGAAUAUGGGGCACAGGUGUUCCAUUAUGCCCUGCCCGAGUACCUUUAGGAGAACUUGGAAGUUAGAACGAGUUCAGAAACGCGCAUUAUGCUUCAUUUUUCCAGAAGUCACGUAUGAAGAAAGGUUAGAACUAUCAAAUCUUGAUACGCUGUCCACUCGUCGCCAAAACUUGUGUGAUUCACUCUUUCGAUCAACGUUGGCUGAUAACAAUCACAAGUAACACCACCUUUUACCAAAAACAAACAUUUCACAUCACAACUUAAGACACAAUCGAGUUUAUGAAUUGCCUUUUAUUAACACUAAUCGGAUCAAAAACAGAUUCGUGCCGCCAUGCAGUAAACGCGGACAGUACUCGCAUUUAUAAACUAUGCAUGCAACCAAUGUAUUACUACUUUUUAACUUUCGUAGGACUCAUAUACGAUUUUUAAAUGUUAAUAUAAUGUAAAUAUUGAUAGUACUGAUAACUUGUAUACCUACGUAAUUCAGUCUCUAUGACUGCCAUGUCGUGUUUUCAAUAAAUCUAUCUAAGUUAGUUUAGUGCAGGCCCAACCUUGGAGUACUUACUAUAAAUGUAAGUAGAGUUUGAUUGGUUCUCUCCUGUGCUUUGAGGGUUUUCUCCAGGGCUCGAAUUUUAUCGCGGCAAUUGCCGUAGAGGGAAUACAAAAUGCCGUGGAUCAUUGCGGCAACGACGGCAAUUUUUUGCCGUAUAGUAGAAUUUUUAUACUAUUCACUAAAUUACUAUAUCAACAAUAAAAUUAAAUUUUUGUUACAGUAAUUUGAAAAAAUGCCGUGGAAACUGCCAAAAUUGCCGUAGAUAGCUGUUACGUUCUACGGCAAUUUUUAACGCCAUUGCCGUCCAUUGAUUUUUUCCUCAACAAAAACUAACUUUAGUCCUCAUUUCUACUAAAAUCGAGUGAUAUGUAACUGACAUUUCAAAUACUCAUUAAUAAUUCAUACACCUUGUGGCAAAUCAUGUUAGCCAUAAUAUGUCACGUGGAGUCCAUAAUAUGUCACGUGGAGUGACUUUAUAUCUGAUAAAACUCAUCUUCAUUAGUAUUCUUUAUAUAAUUGUUCAUCCUAAUUAGUAUUCUUUUGUAGUCGUGUUUUAAGCUAUUGAAAACACUCGCCUUUUUUAUUCGAAAAGUGAAUGUAAUUUUUUUAGGAAUUACAAUUAUUUGUUAUACUGGUUGAUAUGAAUUCAUAUACUUCAUAUGAAUUCAUAUACAGUAAAUCCGAAGCCUGAAUACCCGAUAUAUUUUCAGUGGAACAAAUGUACUUGUGAUCUUGAUUGUUAAAUGUUUUUAUGUUUAGAGAUUGACAAAUUCUCCUGUAACUUUGAAGUUCCUAACAGUUGCCAGUGGACUCAAGAUGCCAGUGAUGAUUUUAAUUGGACCAGGCAUCAAGGUCGUACAGAGUCACCACACACUGGUCCACUUACAGAUCAUACCAAGGGUUUGGGUAAGUGUUAUAUAUUCUGUUGACUGAGAUGCCAUCACUUUCAUCAACAUCAUAUUCACCAUCAUCAUCACUACCACCAGCGCUACACUAUCACCUGUUCACCAGCAUUAUCACCACCCAUAAUUACCAACAUCACCACCACAAACAUCAUCAUUCAAAUCAUCCAGACAUCAAGGUGGCCAGACCACCACCACAUGACCAGACAUCAAGGUGGUACUAGGGUUGGGCGAUAUUAUUGUCAAGGAAAUGAUCACGAUAUUCGAUAAUAUCGCGAUAAAUGCAAUAAAAACAAUUAAUAUCAAAGCAUAGUAAGCUUAUAUAUAAUCUUAUUAAAAACAAGUAAAACAACAAAUUAAAGUAAUACGAAGGCUUUUUCUAGUCUAAUAUUUACUGGUCAUAAACAAGAACUGUCUAUGCAGUGUCUACUGUGUCUCUGCCGGUACAAAUGCUGUGGGCACACAGCGCAAGAAAAGCCUGCAAUUUCAUUGUUCAGCGUGGAUUGAUACAUAAAUAUUAGCUUUUGUAUCGUAAUAAAUUCGUAUAGGAAAUAGUUUUAAUUCUUAUAAAAACUAUAUUUUCUAGGAAUUGAAAGAAUUUUUUAGGAUUUUAUAAAGGCUAUAUACACACGUGAAGCAAUAUCACGAUAGUCAUCGAGCAUGACGAUAAUUUCGAUAUAUCGUCGCUCAAGUUUCUACCUUCGAUACGAUAAUCACGAUUGAAAAUAUCGCGAUAAAUCAAAACAUCGAAAUAUCGCCCAACCCUAGGUGGUACACCCUCAGACUACACUGGUCCAACUACAGAUCAUACCAAGAGUGCGGGUAAGUGUUUUAUUCUGUUGGCAGUAGUACCAUCACCAUCAUCACCACUACCACCAGCACUAUAUAUGUUGUUUUCAAUAGAUUGCUGAUCAAUAAUAGAGCUACACUUGAUCGCACGCGCACGUAUAGUUUUGGAAUUAUUUCUUCGUCGGGUAUCAUCAUGGCUGAAUUAUAGAAGGGCGUGCAUUUUGACACUUCGCACCUCUUUUAAUCCUUUGUAAACAGCGACAACUUCCUCACAAUAGGUAAUAAUUUUAAAAAAUUAAUACAUUUUUUACACCUAACCAGGAACAGCUGCAAUAAAUGCAACUCUAUGCCCUCUGUCCAGCAGUUGCCCAAAAUCCUGAUAUUUACCCAUAAAUCUUACCAUGGUAUCACCUUAGUAUAUAUAGACAUGAACUUGCGGUUAGAGCUCGACAACUGUCUCUCUGUAGCUCAGUUGGUUAGAGCUCGACAACUGUCUCUCUGUAGCUCAGUUGGUUAGAGCUCGACAACUGUCUCUCUGUAGCUCAGUUGGUUAGAGCUCGACAACUGUCUCUCUGUAGCUCACUUGGUUAGAGCUCGACAGCUGUCUCUCUGUAGCUCAGUUGGUUAGAGCUCGACAACUGUCUCUCUGUAGCUCAGUUGGUUAGAGCUCGACAACUGUCUCUCUGUAACGCAGUUGGUUAGAGCUCGACAACUGUCUCUCUGUAGCUCAGUUGGUUAGAGCUCGACAACUGUCUCUCUGUAACGCAGUUGGUUAGAGCUCGACAACUGUCUCUCUGUAGCUCAGUUGGUUAGAGCUCGACAACUGUCUCUCUGUAGCUCAGUUGGUUAGAGCUCGACAACUGUCUCUCUGUAGCUCAGUUGGUUAGAGCGCUUCAAGAUAGCAGUAUUCGUACUGUCUGCAUUUUAGUGUUGAUCAUUUCUACUAGAAUAGAGUGAUAUGUAACUGACAUGUAAAAUAUUCAUUAAUAAUUCAUAAACCUUGAGGCAAAUCAUGUCAGCCAUAAUAUGUCACGUGGAGUGACUUUAUAUCUGAUAAAACUCAUCUUCAUUAGUAUUCUUUAUAUAAUUGUUCAUCCUAAUUGGUAUGAUUAUAUAAUUGUUCAUCCUAAUUAGUAUUCUUUUGUAGUCGUGUUUUAAGAUAUUGAAAACACUCGUUGUCGUGUUUUAUCAGACAUAAAACGCUCAGCUGCGCCUUGUAAUUUCUUUUCAAAUCUUUUAUACUAAGUAAAAAUACAUCAAAACAGUAAAGUUCGCGCAACAAUCCAUUAUCAAUCUUCAUUCAUUACAUCAUUACACUAUACCAGUCUAAUAAAUUUGAUUAUUCUCGUAAUAAGUUUUUUCAACUUUAGUAAAUUUCAUGUCCGCAUGUCUACGUAUCCGCAUGUCUGCGUGUCCGCAUGACCGUGUCCGCGUUUUCUACUACACACUUAGCUUCACUUAAAUCUACUCUCUCCAGUUUUUCAGGCUUAACCAACAUCAUGCAUAUUUCUCAUUUCAGCAUCUGGUUGGUAUUUAUACAUCGAAACCUCGCCACCAAGGCAACUGAACGACAAAGCUCGAUUGAUCUCACCAUCGACAACAAAAGCCAAAUCCCGUCUCCUCUUUUUUUACCACAUGUACGGUGCUGACGUGCGUGAACUUCGGGUAUUUAUUUUUAUUUAUUUAUUGAUUAACUUUCCCAAACAGUCCACAUGCCAGUAUCAUGGCAUCAGGUGAUCAGGGUCAACAUUCAAUAUAUAUAAACGGAAAUUUUACAUUUUACCGUACCCAAGUCCAAGUAAUCACUGAAUACAUACGCUAUCAAACACGCCAUAAAAGAACGGAAGAACUCGCUAUCAGAAUACAAGAACGGAAGAACUCACUAUCAGAAUACAAGAACGGAAGAACUCACCAUCAGAAUACAAGAACAGAAGAACUCACCAUCAGAAUACAAGAACGGAAGAACUCACUAUCAGAAUACAAGAACGGAAUAACUCACCAUCAGAAUACAAGAACGGAAGAACUCACCAUCAGAAUACAAGAACGGAAGAACUCGCUAUCAGAAUACAAGAACGGAAGAACUCGCUAUCAGAAUACAAGAACGGGAGAACUCACCAUCGGAAUACAAGAACGGAAGAACUCACUAUCAGAAUACAAGAACGGAAGAACUCACCAUCAGAAUACAAGAACAGAAGAACUCACCAUCAGAAUACAAGAACGGUAGAACUCACCAUCAGAAUACAAGAACGGUAGAACUCACCAUCAGAAUACAAGAACGGAAGAACUCACCAUCAGAAUACAAGAACAGAAGAACUCACUAUCAGAAUGCAAGAACAGAAGAACUCACCAUCAGAAUACAAGAACGGAAGUAAUCACUAUCAGAAUACAAGAACAGAAGAACUCACCAUCAGAAUACAAGAACGGAAGAACUCACCAUCAGAAUUCACGCCAUCGAAUACUUGCGGUACUCGGUACAGUAAACUGUAAAAUAUCCUACAUAAACAUAGUAUCAUACAUAAACGUCCCCUUAUCAGAGUGAAACCUUUGAUGGUGAAGAUUUUGAAGUGAACCAAACUAUACUAUACUGUAUUUUCUCGAUCUUUGUGGUAUCGAGUCAUAUAGGUAUCUUAUAUACACUAGAUAGCGUAUCUCUUUUAGUAAAAUUGGAGCCAAGAAUUUUCCAGCGGUUACCUCCAUUUGAAUAGAUGGCGGCCAUGUUGAAGUUUCCCACUCUCUAAUAAGCGCUUAAAAAACAACAAUAACUUUCAUCAUUUGAAUAGUUUGAAAAUGUAUUUGGAAUAGGUUUAACUUAAUGUUUAAGUUCCCUGUUUAAGAAAUAGAAAACAUACGAGUCUUCUCAUUUCAUGGGAAUAUCCCGAGUCUGCAACCACGACUUCAAUUUUUGAAUUGCAGAAUAAUUAGAUGCACUAUCUAGUGUAUAUAAGAUAUCUAUGUAUCGAGUACUGUACUUUUCAGUUUUCAACCUAUUGCAGAGGCUGAAAUAACAUUCAAAACUUGGUCGGCAUCCAUUGGGUAAAUUAUACGUCAGUAUAUAGAUAUUACUUUAUGCCAAACACUAUACAGUAUAGUUUAAAUAAUACCAAUUCGAAUUGAUUGCUAUUUUUUGUUCGGAAAAAUGUCUGGCCAAUCUGGCAUUCGAUCGGAAAAACUGUAAUUUAGUCGGAAACGUCCGGCACUAUUUCAGGUUCUUCUAUCGUGAACUGAAACACAUUGAUACACUGAUAAAUGUAUUUAAUAUUUUUGCACAAAUGAACAUAACAAAUCCUACAAGGUGAUUGGUCAAAUUUGACGUAUUAAUCUGUCAUAUUCACCUACAGGUCUACGUGAAAUCUGGGGGUAAGAUGGAUUCUCUGUGGAGUCUUUCUGGAGACCAAGGUGACAAAUGGUAUCAAGCACAAGUGGCUGUGAACAAUCAAACGGCGUCAUAUCAGGUGAGCAUGUAGAUCAGUGAACACCAAAUAUAACCGAAUCUAAAGACAGCAGAUAUAGGUGGCCCAGAUGGGUAUAGAAUUAGAAAUACCUGCUUGUUCCAGUGCUAAAUAUUUCUGAAGUUCAUCUACCAGUUAACUGAAACGACCGCACUUUUCUACUUUUUUUGCAGUUUGUAAUCGAAGGUGUACGUGGUAAAGAUUUGAAGGGAGACAUUGCAAUUGAUGAUAUCACUCUCAUGGAUUCAUAUUCUGGAAGAGGUGAAUCACUUGUGCAAAAUUUUCGAGAAAAUUGUAUUUGAUCAGUUAAACCAGUAUCUUAUUACAAACCAGAUACUAACUCCAAAUCAAUCAGGGUUUAGAAAAGGGUACUCUACUUGCUCUUCUCUAUUAAGAACAACCAAUGAAUGGUUGGUAAAUAUGGAUAAGGGAUUAAUUAAUGGCGUUGUCUUUUUACACCUGAAAAAGGCUUGUGAAUGUAAUUUUUUUAGGAAUUACAAUUAUUUGUUAUACUGGUUGAUAUGGAUUCAUAUACUUUACAGUAAAUCCGAAGCCUGAAUACCCGAUAUAUUUUCAGUGGAACAAAUGUACUUGUGAUCUUGAUUUUUAUAUGUUUUUAUGUUUAGAGAUUGAUAAAUUCUCCUGUAACUUUGAAGUUCCUAACAGUUGCCAGUGGGCUCAAGAUUCCAGUGAUGAUUUUAAUUGGACCAGACAUCAAGGUGGUACACCCUCAGUCAACACUGGUCCAAGUACAGAUCAUACCAGGAGUUCGGGUGAGUGUUAUUCUGUUGGCAGAAGCACCACCACCAUCACUUUCAUCACCAUCAUCACCACUACCACCAGCACUAUAUAUGUUGUUUUCAAUAGAUUGAUGAUCAAUAUUAGGGUUACAGUUGAUCGCACGCGCAGGUAUAGUUUUGGAAUUAUUUCUUCGUCGGGUAUCAUCAUGGCUGAAUUAUGGAAUGGCCGUGCAUUUUGACACUUCGCACCUCUUUUAAUCCUUUGUAAACAGCGACAACUUCCUCACAAUAGGUACUCGAUGUUUUAUAGAUGGAAUUAUAGAGUAAAAUUUAAUCAGUUAUAGAGUUUAUUAUUAGCAUGACAACAUUACUGGAUGCUGAUUGGUUGAGAGGAGUACAAUUAUUUCAUUAAUUGUACUGCAGUACAAUUAAUGAUUUUCCCAAAACAAACAAAAUGGCGGAAAGGUAUUUUAAACACAGAUGUGAAAUGAAAUUGCCGUGAAGGAACUAGAUGAAAAUACGAACAAAAGCACCAAAUUUUGCUUGAACGACGGCUCGUUCCAAACAUCAAUUUCCAAACAUCACUCGUACUAUUAAUCCCUAAUUGUACUCGCCAUCGCAUGAUUACCGAUACAAAAUUUAAUUAAUAAUUAUAGGGUAAAAUUUAAUACAUUUAUUGGACCUAACCAGAAACGGCUGGACAGCAGUUGCCCAAAAUCCUGAUAUUUACCCAUAAAUCUUACCAUGGCAUCACCCUACUUGCGGUCAGAGCUCGACAACUGGACUCUGUAGCUCAGUUGGUUAGAGCGCUUCAAGAUAGCAGUAUUCGUACUGUCUGCAUUUUAGUGUGGAUCAUUUCUACUAAAAUCGAGUGAUAUGUAACUGACAUUUCAAAUACUCAUUAAUAAUUCAUAAACCUUGUGGUAAAUCAUGUCAGCCAUAAUAUGUCACGUGGAGUGACUUUAUAUCUGAUAAAAUUAAUUUAAUAAUUAUUUUACAUCCAUCCUUACCAAUGAUCCAGAUACUUCCAUAGACCCGUCCACGAUCGAUGAUAACAUUUCUUGUUGGAGGAUGUUGUUUUAACACCUGACGACGUAGCUAAUGUACUAAGAACUUUUGAUAAUGACAAAGCUCAUGGCCCAGAUGGGAUUCCUGCCCAUUUACUAACAGAAACUGCAUCUCAAAUAGCUCCAUCUCUAUGUCAAUUGUUUAACAAAUCGUUGCGUAUCGGCGUGGUACCAUCUGAUUGGAAACUCGCUAAUGUUGUUCCUGCUCAUAAAAAAGGAGACCAGGAAUUUGUGGAACAUUAUAGACCUAUAUCUCUGCUCCCUCUGGUUUCGAAAGUUCUGGAACGCUGUGUCUUCAAUACUAUUAAAGAUCAUAUUUUCUGUCGAAUAAAUCCUUGUCAACAUGGUUUCCUUCCCGGGAAAAACUGUGUGACCCAACUUAUCGAAGUUUUUGACAAGAUAGGAAAACAACUAGAUCGUGGCAAACAGAUCGAUGUAAUUUAUUUCGAUAUGUCAAAAGCUUUUGAUAAAGUUAGCCAUAAACGUCUUCUUCUUCGUCUCCGUGAAUUUGGUUUUGGAGGCAACAUUCUCAACUGGUUCCGCUCCUACCUACAAGAUCGUCGUCAACAAACAACCAUCCUCGGUGCAACAUCUUUACCUAGUCAAGUAAUAUCAGGGGUAUCUCAGGGCUCCAUUCUCGGACCGGUGUUAUUUUUGUUAUGUGAAAAUGAUCUCCCUUCUUCUGUGAAGAAUUCAUCCAUUGCAACAUACGCUGAUGACACCAAAAUCUUCAAAGAAAUCCAUAAUAUCGGUGAUGCUGCAUCGUUACAGGAGGACCUGAGUAAUUUUGAAUCAAGUUCUUCAGAUAUGGGUCUUCACUUAAACACUUCCAAAUGUAAAGCUCUGCGGGUCACCGGAAAACAUCGCAAGAUCAAGUAUCCAUACACCUUACAAGAUAGCAUGUUAGAAAACGUUGAAAAUGAGCGUGAUCUCUGCGUAUGGAUAUCAAACAAUUUGACCUGGCGCAAACAGGUAUUGGAACAAUGCUCAAAAGCAAAUAAAAUGUUGGGUUUCAUCAAAAGAUCAACAAGAACAAUCAAGAACU